UUGGGAUAGGGAGGGUAUCUAUCUAACUGGUGAGUUAUAAUGAACUUGUAACCAGAUCUGGCAUUGAACACAAAAUAAGUGCACGCACUGCACAUAGGUAGUGCAAAAAGCAAUUCUAAUUAUUAUUUACAUAAAAUAAUGCAAAGUAGUAAAAUGACAUGAAAAUUAUUAUGCAUACAUUUGUUGACGGGGCAUAACUAAAAAAUAUAUAGCAGAGAUCAUCCAACACUGGAAAGGUGAUAUGCUCGUGAAGUUUACAGUGUCUAGCUUUUGGAUUCUUCCAACAUGUCGAGCUCGUACCGAAGCAGGAUCCAGGAAUUCAAGGUGGCCUUGAGUGAAGAGAAGCUGGACUUGAAUGCACUCCGGGAACUUUGCUUCAGCGGUAUCCCAUUUGAAGGAGGCAUCCGUGCACUUUGCUGGAAAGUCCUUCUAAACUACCUACCUCUGGACCAGACGAUGUGGGACUCCUUUCUCAAAAAGCAGAGGGAGGGUUAUUCCCAGUUCCUGAAGGAGAUGAUUAUCCAGCCCGGCAUCGCUAAGGCCAACCUGGGCCUCUCCAGAGAGGACGUGACCAUGGAGGACCACCCUCUCAACCCCAGCCCAGAGAGCAAGUGGAACAACUACUUCAGAGACAACGAGGUGCUGCUGCAGAUUGAUAAAGAUGUCAGGCGUCUGUACCCAGACAUGGCCUUCUUCCAGUGGCCCACAGACUACCCAUGCCAGCUGAUCCUGGACCCCCAGAAUGACUAUGAGACCCUCAGAUGCCGUGUGGAACAGACCACCCUCAAGGCCCAGACCGUGGACCGCAACCGCAGCGGGGUCACCAACCAAUGCGGUCACGAUGCACAAGCUGUGGUGAGCUCCCCGGGCAAGGCCCUCAACCUGUACCCUUCCAACGAGUACGAGGUGCUGCCCAAUGGCUGUGAGGCCCACUGGGAGGUGGUGGAGCGCAUCCUGUUCAUCUACGCUAAGCUCAACCCAGGCAUCGCCUAUGUGCAGGGCAUGAACGAGGUGGUGGGACCCCUCUACUACACCUUCGCUACUGACCCCAACGACAAGUGGAGAGAGCACGCUGAGGCGGACACCUUCUUUUGUUUCACCAACCUGAUGUCGGAGAACCGGGACAUGUUCAUCAAGAGUCUGGACGACUCACAGUGCGGCAUCACCUACAAGAUGGAGAGCGUCUAUUCCAUGCUCAAGGAGAAGGACAUGGAGCUCUACAUUAAACUGCAGGAGCAGAACAUCAAGCCUCAGUACUUCACCUUCCGCUGGCUGACCCUGCUGCUGUCUCAGGAGUUCCUCCUGCCCGACGUCAUCCGCAUCUGGGACACGCUCUUUUCCGACCAGGACCGCUUCAACUUCCUCAUCCUGGUCUGCUGCGCCAUGCUUGUCAUGCCUGUCCUGUGUGGUUUCAGACUGAUUCGAGAUCAGUUGCUGGCAGGCGACUUCACGAUCAACAUGAGACUGCUGCAGGACUACCCCAUCUCAGAUGUCCACACCAUCCUGGCCAAGGCCAAGCAGCUUCAGGACGGGUCAUAGCCACCCCUACCUCCCUUCGCCCUUCCUUGGUUGGGGAGGGGAGGAUGCAACAUUAAACUGAUAACCCUGGGCACAACAAAGGAGGGAGAGGAAGACACCUGGCGCCAGGUUUGGUACAAGGUUGGUCGGAGAAACCAAACUCAGUACUUAGGCUUGUCAUCUCACUCUCACGGCCUGACAGUUUUUCCACUGGGAGGGUGUGUGGCCUCAAGCUAUUUAUUUUUUUGCACUGAAAACUUGGAAAAAAAGUGUACAAAUCUGCAUAUAUGAAGCAGAGAAACCACAGUAACGAUUACAACAGAAGCAUCAUUAUAAAGUCUGCCAGGGCUAAUAUCACACUCCCAGGUUUUUUUUAGGGUGUUUCUUUUUAGUGGGUUGGGAAUAAAAAAAAAAAAAAUUUACUGUCAAAGUGAAGUUUUUUAUUUUUAUCAUUAAGAUGAAAUAUAAUACUACCUUGUAAAGACUAACCACAACAGCAAAAAAAAUGUUGCCACAGGGUUUGCUUUAAAGUAUAGAUUGUUAUGACAUUGGGCCUCAACGCAAGCAUCCUCUCUCUCUGUUUUCAUGACCGUGCUCAGAUAUUUACUCUACGCACAUGAGCUACACGUCUGGACAGUUUAUAGCUGGUUAUAACCUGAUUCCGUGUCUAUGGAGUCACCAAUAUUAAUGUAUGUUUGCUGUCAAACCAAUGGGAUGUGAAACUUGUUUUAUAAUUUUUUUGGUGUGUCAUGUAGCAGAAGCUCUUAUCUAGAGCGACUUACAGGUGCAAUUAGGGGUAAGUGCCUUGCUCAAGGGCACAUCGGCAGAUUGAUCACCUAGUCGGCUUCUGAUUUCGAACCAGCGACCUUUCGGUUACUGUCCUAAAGCUCUUAACCACUAGGCUACUUGCUGUCCGACCCACUAACCUAACUGAAAUUGAUACAUUGAUGACGAUGAUAAGGUUGCUUUUGAUGUGAGGGCAUUACUAAGCAAACAAAUCAAUCCAAUUAAAUUGGACAUUCAUUUUUUAAUAAUAUAUUUUGACCUAUCUCUGGUCGCAUUGAGUGGCCAGAAUAAACCAGAAUACAUUAAACAUGAAUGACGUCUUGUAAAUGAAGCAUAACACAUUUUGCUCUGCAUACUGUAAGAUUAUUACAGAGAACAAAUGAUUGAUAAUAGUAGCUGAAUAUUAAUCAUGGAUAAAUGACUGACAUUGAAAGGCUAUGAUGAUAACAUUUAUGUAUUCACAUAAUGGAGUUGGCAGAUAAGAGUUGAAAAAUUACGGAGUUGAUUACUUAAAAUCACUAUGAUUGAAUGUUUAUUUUAUUUUAUUUUUAAACGCUAACACUUAACACAAAGCUAAGACACCCUUGAAAUGUAUUUACCUUUUCAAACAGUAGGACCUUCAUAAUAAUGUGAUACUUUAAAGUACACAGAAAAUGACUUGCUUUGUUUUCAUCAAUAUUGUGAGAAUGAUAAAACAGUUACCUUUUUACUAUUUGCAUUUCAGUUUUAUUAGCAUUCCCUAGAAAUUCCAAGUAUCACCAUCCCUUUCAGUGGCAAGAUGGUAUCAGUCUACAUUCUAACACUAUUUCAGUGCCAAGAUGGUAUCAGUCUAUAUUCUUUUCUUUUUACAUCUUUUUCUCCCCAAUUCCGUGGUCUCCAAUUGUCUCAUAGCUGCAAGUCCCGUACAGUCUCGGGAGAGGCGAAGGUCGAGAGCCGUGCGUCCUCCGAAACACAACCCAACCAACUGCUUCUUGACACAAUGCCCACUUAACCCAGAAGCCAUCCACACCAAUGUGUCGGAGGAAACACUGUACACCUGGUGACUGUGCACUGCGCCCGGACCGCCAAAGGAGGCGCUAGUGCGCGAUGGGACAAGGACAUCCCUGGCGGCCCAACCUUCCCCUAACCCGGAUGACGCUGGGCCAAUUGUGCACCACCCCAUGGGUCUCCCAGGCCGCGGCCGGCUGCGACAGAGCCUGGACUCAAACCCAGAAUCUCUAGUGGCACAGCUACUGUUGCACUGUGAUGCAGUGUCUUAGACCACUGCACCACUCAGGAGGCUUCAGUCUACAUUCUAACACUAUUUCAGUAACAAGAUGGUAUUAGUCUACAUUCUAACACUAUUUCAGUAACAAGAUGGUAUUAGUCUACAUUCUAACACUAUUUCAGUAACAAGAUGGUAUUAGUUUACAUUCUAACACUAUUUCAGUAACAAGAUGGUAUUAGUCUACAUUCUAACACUAUUUCAGUAACAAGAUGGUAUUAGUUUACAUUCUAACACUAUUUCAGUAACAAGAUGGUAUCUUCCUACUGAAAAAUUGCCUAGACAGGAAUUGGUACAAAUUGACAGUCUGUGACUAGCGAUGGUUCAAUGUGGCUUUAUUGUACUAAAGUGAGGUAGUAAGAAAUACUGUGCUGAGUAUUUUGACACUGAAUUAAAUGGGAACACUCCUAGUUCAAACAGCUUGGCUUGGUUGAUCAGUGUGUCUAUAAUCAUGUCUUGACCUUAAAGGCCCAGUGCAGUCAAAAACUUGAUUUCCCUGUGUUUUAUAUAUAUUUCCACACCGAGGUUGGAUUCAUACUGACAUUGUGAAAAUUAUGAUAAUGCCCUUUUAGUGUAAGAGCUGUUUGAAAAUAAUUCCUGAAAUUUCAGCUUGUUUUGGUGGGAGGGAGUUUUGGCCUUCCAUGGUGACGUCACCAUGUGGUGAAUUGGUUAAUAAAGAUUUCCAAACCUCUGCCAAUAACAGCUAGUUUUCAGUUCCCCCUCCCUAGUCAGAACACUCCCUGGCAGUCUUAGCCAAGUUCUUGAUUGAGAAAUUGCUCUUUGCUAAGAAGCUAUUUUUUUUCUUUUUGACCAUUUUAAUUUAAAACAAUCACAGUAAGGUACUUAAUUGUUACCUAGAAAUUAUUUGAUACUGGUGUGGGGGGAAUAAAACAGCUGCAUUGAACCUUUUAAUGAAUGUAUAUAAACGGUGACAAAUCCCCAUUGAAGGUUCAGUAAUGACAAAGACGGAAAGUCUUGUCUCUCUGUGAUUCACAAACGUUUGUUGUCAAUGAUGAAUGGUUUAUGGUUCUCUAACAUUUUCUCCUUCUUGCUCUAUCACUAUUUUUUUCCUUUACUUUUUUUCCAUUUUUCCAUGGCUCUUGCCUUUCUCCCACUUCUUCCUCCCCUCCUUGCCCUGUGAUUUUGAGGGCUUGUCCAGGAUAGGGCUAGCAGCAAGACAGUAGGCCCCGUGCCACCGUCCGCCUGCCAACCGCCAUGCACUGCCAUUCUCCCUCUUAUCAUAUCGCUCUGUUUCUCAUCCAGCAGACAUUCAAUUUGUGGACCACAAACUAUCUGUUUUACAGCUAUAUUGAGACUUUUAGAAAGCAGCUCACUGCCUCUGGUCUCAUCUCUGCCAACCGUUUGACGGUAGACAGCAAAUCCUAUGUGGCAAAAAGCUACUAUAAUUGUGGACUUGAGAAUAACAGGGCUAGAUAGGGAGAAUGCAUACUCAUCAUGAAAUAUAAGAAUAUAUUUUGUAAUCCUGCAUGUCGAUGGCUUUUUCUGUAACAUUUAUCCUCUGUUGAAUUUAACAUGGCUGAACAGUCUUUUGUCGUUGUCUGUUUGUUUAUUCGCACCACAUUGUCCUUGGUGUCAGAUGAAUGUUUGUCAUGCCACUGCUACACAGGGCAACAAUGUAAAUUGUCCAGCGUGUUGUGCUCUGAUUUGACAUAUCCUCCAUUGUCUUAAAAAUCCUUAACGUCUUUGACUAUGUGGAAGGACAACAUUGCAUUGUUGCCAGUGGCGAUUAUAUAAAUCUGUAUAGUGAUUACAUCAGGAAUUUGACAAUGCUAUGUGUAGCCAUAUUCUUCUCUAAGGGUUCUUCUUUGUGUAUUUUCAGGCCCUUUAAUAAAUGCCAAGUGUGCAACAAGUACAGUUUUUAUUUUACACCCUUUCCCUGUGUUGCUUUCCCUCAUUUCUCCCAUUCUUCUCUCUCCCUCUUUCUGUCCAUCUCUCUCCCUUCUGUCCAACUCUCUCUUUUCACUCUCACAUUCUCCACCCCCUCAGUGCUGUGGUUUAAUGUAGAACACAGAGCCCCAGCAUUGUGGGGUUAUUAGUAACACAUGGGGGUGUUUCCUCCAUCCAUAUUGGUUUUGUAAGGUGAGGUCACCAAUGGCUCUGCAUCUGAAAAGGGAGCGGAGCACGCUGGCAGAAGAAACAUGUGGGGGCGUGAAGCAGUGUAAGAGGGGAGAGAAUGGGACACAGGCUCUUCGCUGCAGAGCUCUGAAGUCUGUAGACUAGGCCAGGAAGAAAAACAAUAUUUCGAAAAGUAUUAAAAUAUUUACGAGGUUUAUAUCGGCUACACCCACCACAAAGAUGGUGUCGUUGUUUAGCAGACAAGUGGAUUAAGUAAAGCAGAACAAUAGUAGUCCCACCAUUUUCAAAGUUGAUUUUGAUUUGCUUUUGCAAAAUAAAAUAAAGGCGUGAACUUGGUCCAUCUGGUUUUUGGUAAUGGGCAUCAUAGUGAAUUUGUAGACGACUGACAGGUCAGAGAAAGUUCAGCUUCUCUCUAAAAUCCUUUACAUGAGAGACGUGCUACUAGUCAAACGGUUUCCAGUGGAUAACUGUAGAAACAGUAUUUUUGUUUACAGUCAUGGUGAUUCUGAUUACUUGACUGACUGGGGACAAUAUGGUUGCUCCUCUCAUCCAACAACCAUAUUUAUCACAGUGCAUUGUGGGUAGUUGGUGACCGUGGUGAGUACAGCAUGGGGUUGUAGCAUGUGUCCACUUGCAUGGCACAGCAAUGUUUCUGAUACAAACUGCUUCCUCUCACCCCUUCUGUUUAAUAGCUUAUGAAAUAGGAGAGAAAGAGAGGUGUCAUGUUUAGGUCAAGUUUAGAUCAAUUGUCUGUGCUUUAAGGGCUCUAAACCAAGGGAGACUUAAUCCCAACUGCAUCUUCCCUGGUGAACUUAAGUGAUUGGCUGAGUUCCAAAGCUUCUAAAUCACUUCCUUUCAAUGUAAUGUCUCCUCCCUCUCCUUAAAGGAAAAUUCCACCCCAAAACUAUCUUUUGGUAUUUGUUUCAUUAGUCCAUUUUUGAGAAAGUUCCAAAAAUGUUUUGCAUGUCAGCAAUCAAGUUUUCAAGAUGUAUAACUUUCAAUAUACAGAAAUACAGCUGGUAUGAUUAAAAAAAUGCAUCACACCGGCUGUAUUUUAAAUUAUAUAUUUUGAAAACUUGAUUGCUGACAUGCAAAACGUGUUAGCGCCUUGCCCUAGCUCCGACCUCGUGUUCACAGAGCUGAAAGGACUAAACCAUGAAUUACAAUUUAAUUCACUCAACUCAGGUCAUAAAUUGACCUCAAAACCCUAGUAGGGAGUGCUCUACAAAUCUGUAAAGGUGUAGCAGUACUUUUGUUGAUGCUUUUUUUUCACUCAUCUCAUGUGCCUGAACAACAAAUGCAAGAAAGAAUGACUUGUCUUUUUUGGGGGGGGGGGGUUGUGGGGGGUUUUUGGAUCCCCAUUCGCUUUUGCAGAGGCAGCAGCUAUUCAUCCUGGGUCCACAAAAAAACAUGACAAGUAACAAAACACUAGACAAGGACAGUCACACAAGGGUGGGAUGGUGAGAAAGCGGGUCAGAAUGAAUGUCUUGCAGAUAAAUAACUUUUCUCCUAAUUUAUAUAUUUGUGUGGCGGAAAACACCAGUCUUUGGUUAUUAACAUCAAACUUUACUCUCUCUUUCUAAUGGUUAUCUUAUUGCUACUAUUUAACAUUUGUAUUGCUACCAUGUUAAAUAUUAACCAUGGGCAGCAUUGGUGUAAGGGAUGUUGUAAACUGAAGUAGCUUUUUCGAGCUGGGAUAUGAAGCGUCCGCAUCUGAUAAGUUAUUUUUCAUGUGUACUCUGCUCUAUGUAUUUUCAUCUUGAAACAGUUUAACUCUUUAUGAACCGUGUGUGUUUGUUCGUAUGCUGCGUGUGUAUGCGUGUCUGUCUGUAUGACACUCUUGUUUUUUUGCAUGACUACAUUUUUGUAUGGGUAUAUACAGUAUCUUAGUAUUGGAGUUCUAUACUGGUGUUUACAGUGUUUGCAACUGAACAAUAAAUAUUUCAACGAUG